UUUUCACCUUCUUCCCAAAUCCCAAAAUCCCCACUAUUUAUCCUCAUGCACAAAAAAUUCAAGAACCAACAAAACAUUAAACACUAAUUAAAAAAAAAAAAAAAAAGAAGAAGAAAGAAUCAAGAAUGGCUUAUACCCUUCUUUUUUUCUUCCUGUUCCUUCAAAGUUUGGAUCUUGCAUCGAUGGCUGCUACACUUAGGCCAAAUUAUUACUCAGAAACUUGUCCACAAGCUGAAUUUAUAGUCAAAGAUGAGAUGAAAAAAGCAAUGAAAAAAGAACCAAGAAGUGUAGCUUCAGUGAUGAGAUUGCAGUUUCAUGAUUGUUUUGUUAAUGGGUGUGAUGCUUCUUUGUUGUUGGAUGAUACACCAAACAUGCUUGGAGAAAAACUAGCUUUAUCUAAUAUAAAUUCAUUGAGGUCUUAUGAAGUUGUUGAUGAAGUUAAAGGCUUUGGAGAGAGCCUGCCUGGUGUUGUUUCUUGUGCUGAUCUUUUAAUCAUGGCUGCUAGAGAUGCUGUUGUUCUGACUGGAGGUCCAAAUUGGGAAGUGAAGUUGGGAAGGCUAGAUAGUUUAACUGCAAGCCAAGAAGACUCAAACCAGAUUAUGCCAAGUCCAAGAUCAAAUGCAACAUACCUCAUUGAUCUUUUCAGUAGAUUUAAUCUUUCUGUCCAAGAUCUUGUAGCCCUUUCUGGUUCUCAUUCCAUUGGCAAAGGAAGGUGUUUUUCUAUUGUGUUUAGGCUGUAUAAUCAGUCUGGUUCGGGCCGGCCUGAUCCGACCAUUGAACCAAGAUUCAGAGAGAAGUUGGACAAGUUAUGUCCACGCGGUGGAGAUGGGAAUGUAACAGGAGAUUUGGAUGCAACACCUGAAAUAUUUGACAAUCAGUAUUUCAAAGACUUGGUGAAUGGAAGAGGGUUCUUGAAUUCUGAUCAAACACUUCAUACUAACCCUAUUACAAGGGAAUAUGUUAGAGAGUUUAGUGUAAGUCAAGAAAAAUUCUUUAAGGCCUUUGCUGAUGGGAUGAUAAGGAUGGGUGACCUGCAAUCAGGCCGGCCUGGUGAGAUUAGACGGGAUUGCAGAGUGGCUAAUAGCCGUAGGCCGCGUGUUGAAGUCUUGUUUGAGACUUCAAAGAGAAAAGAGUAAAAGUCUCUUGUAAUUUUAAGACCAUGAGAUAGUAUCAAUCAGACUGUUUGUUUCAAUGUUU